AUGUGUUCGGCCUGGCUCGAUUUAGACUUGAAGAAUGUUCUCUCUCGUUUAGGGAAAGUCAAUGUAACACUCCAAACAAACUCAAUAGAUAUAAAAGGUGGUUUGGUUUUGUUUUCCUCGGUACCGUAUGCUCGUUCAGGACAAUGGAAGCGAAGAAAUAGUCCCAAUUGGUCUGGGAGAUCUAGAGGCAAACCACCUGUUGUGGCUGAGAAAAGAGAAAGCAGACUAGAAACAAUUGUGCUCUGGAGUGCGUGGCUACAUCAAUGGUUUGAUGUUAUAAAACCAUGGGAACCUGAGUUGGUGGCAAGUAAGCGGUUUAUUCUUCUUCGUAUAGAAGGUGUACCUCUUCAUGUUUGGGAUGAAGAUUUCUUCAGGAUGAUUAGCUCUCUCAUGGGCUGGAAAGCAAUCAAGCCCGGGAUUGACAAUUCUGAUUCUAGUUCUUCCGAUUCUCAUCAUUUUGAUAAGGAUGGAUUAGAAUUAAAUCCUUCUGAGAACAAUUCUGAGGAAAAGGAUUCUCCACCAGAUAGGGAACAAAAUACGAAGUCCGGGAAUGCUGGAAAUGGUUCCGGUGGCGAUGGUAUAUUGCAGAAUGACUUGAUGGCCGGCUUUAAACAGAUGAAGGCGGAGCUUCGUGUGUCAUCCUGUAUUCUCAGGUCUGCGAAGCAGAAUGAAGAAAAUGCAGAAGCUGAAGAGACGACGAGCUUGCCUGUUUUGGAAAAUGGUGAAGAGCGUAAGGAGAUCGUGCCCAACUCCUUGGAAACUGGCUCUCUUAAUUUAACUGAUAUUCCCAAUACCAGGCAGCAGAAAGAAUAG